GGAAGGCGUGUGUGGAUUUGCACGUCGCGCUGUAUCGCAGCAUCACCGGAUCGUAGCAGCAUCGCAGAAGACGCUCGACUGAUAGCGACAGAUAAACGAAACAGAGAGGAGAUUCACUGGAUCUGCGCUUAUCUCGCACGCGCUCUCUCCCUCUGUCUCUCUCUCUCUCUCUCUCUGUAAUGAUGCUGCAGCGCUCGCUCGCUCUUUCUUUAGCGUGACACUCUGCCCACCUCUUAUCACACCGGGAGGCCAGAGUACGGCCCACGCAAGCACUCUUCCGCAGUCGCCAUGACGACCUCUGCUCUGCGGCGCCAGGUGAAGAACAUCGUGCACAAUUACUCGGAUGCGGAGAUCAAGGUGCGGGAGGCGACUUCCAAUGACCCCUGGGGUCCGUCCAGCUCGCUGAUGUCAGAGAUCUCCGAGUUGACCUUCAGCGUGGUGGCGUUCAGCGAGGUCAUGGCCAUGGUGUGGAAACGACUCAAUGAUCACGGGAAGAACUGGAGACAUGUCUACAAGGCUCUGACCCUGCUGGAUUAUUUGGCAAAGACGGGCUCCGAGCGGGUCGCCCAGCAGUGCCGCGAGAACGCCUUCACCAUUCAGACGCUCCGAGACUUUCAGUACGUGGACCGGGACGGACGGGAUCAGGGCGUGAACGUGCGCGAGAAAGCCAAGCAUCUGGUGGCGCUGCUGAGGGACGAGGAGCGCCUGCGUCAGGAGAGAGCACAGGCCCUCAAGACCAGAGAGAGGAUGACGGGCGGCGGAGGGGUGGCAGGUGUUCCCCCCGCGUUCCCCAGCAGACGCAGCAGUCAGCCCAGCAUGGCAGCGCUGUACGGAGAAGAGUUCAUUCAGUCCAGAGGAUCACCGUCUUCAUUUAACUCAUCGUCUUCUUCGCCGAGAGCGUCUGAUCUGGAACAGACUCGACCUCAGACCAGCGGAGAAGAAGAACUACAGCUGCAGCUCGCGCUGGCCAUGAGCAGAGAGGAUCAGCGCACACAUCCCACCGGUGAAGGACGACUUCAGAAAUUUCUGGAAGAGAAGGCAGAGAGAGACUCAGGCACUGGAGAGUCGGCCAUGAUUGAUCUAGUUGAUGUAUUUAGCCCCGCGCCUGCCGCGCUGCAGAGCGAAGACCCCUGGGAUGCCCCGCCCACGUGCCCUGUGACCUCGGACCCCUGGGAGUCUCUAGCUGUAGUUAAUUCCAGUGACCCUGGAAACGGAAGUCCGUGGAGGACACGCCCCUCCUCCAGUAGUCCCCCGCUUCAUUGGGGCGCCGACCAGCCUUCUGAUCACUGGGAAGCCUCACCUUCAACCCCCUCCUUGAAUAUGGCAGAACAGGCCUGGAGGAGUCCAGCGCGUGAAGCUCCAGGGGGAAAGGACCCGUUUUGCAUUCAGGAGGAGGAAGAGGAGGAGCUUCGGUUGGAGGAGGAGCCUCAAGUAAAACAGGAGGGGCCAAACCGUGUGUUCAGCCCUCGCUGUGAGAGUCCAGCAGUCGUUGAGCACUUUACUGGUGUUCAAGUGAACGGCAGAGACAGCGACAGUCCGGAGACCUUUGACCUCUCUCGUCUGGCUCCUCCUCUAGAUGCGGUGACACCCAGACUGUGCCGCACCCCUGAGACCUUCCUCGGACCCACGGCCGCUUCUCUGGUGAACCUGGACGCACUGAUCCCUAGCAACCCUCCCGCCACAAGUAAAAACCCUUUCCUUACAGGUCUGAGCGCACCAUCUCCCACCAACCCUUUCCAUUGUGACCAGCCCAGACUGACUCUGAAUCAGAUGAGACCCAACUCCACGUCUCCUCUGCCGGCUCACACCCUGUCGUACAGCGCCUCCCUCCCUUUGCCCCUCCUCCAACAGAAACCUCAAUCUCUGCCCUCAUCCUACACUCAACCUCCCCACGGCCUACUGGACAUACCCAACAACCUUCCCCAACCUCUACUGCCACUGUGCACCGCCCCGACCCGUCCAUCCACCAUACAACCACAUCAACAGAGACAAAACCACAACCCUUUCCUCUGAUGGAGAGAUCUGAAUCCAGACGGGUUGUUAUCAAUUGAACUGGAUCAUCUUCCAUUGGAAAUUGGAUGACUUUAAUAUAUUUGGUGCAAACUGACUGAAAAAAUGUGAACGCUACAAUUUUACUGUUACUAAAGAAAAAUUUAGGCUUGAGUUUUGUUGUGAUAAAUUCUUGCCAAUAAGAUAUUACACAUUUUAGGCGACUGACAUUCAUUUAUGUUUGGAUUUUAAUGUCCACCUGCAUUCUGUCCAUUAGCUUAAAUAUGAGUGCUCAUAUGGAUUAUAGUAUUUAUAUGAAGUUACAAGAUGCAACUUUUUUGGUGAGUUUAGAUUUUAGUUUAUUUUUUGUGUUAUUGAGCAUAUCCCUAAAAAUAUUGUAAACUGUCUCAUUAUCCUGAUUCACAACAGAUUGGUUAUGAUUAUAGAUUAUCAAAAUAUUUUCAAUUGGAGAUGUUGGGUUGGAUUUCAUGGAAAAUGUCAGACUGUAAGGUUCGUAAAGUUACUUGUGAUUUUGUAUUUCUAAGAGAGAGUCCAAAUGUAUGUAUUGCAGUUUUCGGGCUUGUCCACACCGGGACGAUAAUCGCGCACUUUUAUCGUGGUCAUUUAAUGCCUUGUGACCAAACAAAGGGAGCCAAUGUGAGUGUGCACACUGACGCGCAAAAUGACAUGCGUAAAAGCGUUUUUUUUUAACACCUAUGGCUUGUUUUUUGGUUUGCCGCGUUGUGUUAAAAACUGGCUGACCAAUGAGAUUGCUGAUGUUGUUCACAUGCCUGGAGCUGCCAAAGUUACAGUAAAACAAGACUUGGUGGCGCUCAAGCACAAAACGGUCUUGCCGAGCACACAUUGACGAAGAGGAAGCAAUAUGAAUUCUUCUUAUCCGUGACAAGCGAGUGUCAGAAGCAUAAAGUCACGCAGCGCCACCUUGUCUACAGCUGAUUUUCAUUGAGCGCCAUCUAUGUCAGGGAGUGAAAUUGCACGUUCACUCGACUCAUCGCCAGUGAUAAUCGUUUGAGUAUGAACGCCGAAAAACGUUGCAGAUAAGCGUGUGCGAUUAUUGUCCCGGUGUGUACAAGCUCAUAAGGUCAACAUAAAGUCAAAAUUCGAUCCUAACGACUAUCUCACUCAAGGCAUGGGUCAGUUUGACAGAGUUUUCUUGAUGGUAUGGUAAUCUUAAGAAUAAUAUUGUGGUUUCGCAGUGUGCCGAUAUCGCGAUUACAACCAUGAAAACGUGUUCUUUAAAUAUCUGGGUAAAAAACUGCUUUUUUCCCCAUUGAACACAAUAUAGUUUAUUUUGAAGCAACACAAAACAGCUCAUACGACAAUUGUAGCGUUUAAAACCACGACUUUUGUAAAACCGCGGUAUACCAUGAAACUGCUAAUCGGCCCAUGCCUACUCUGUACACGUGCUUGUUUAAUUUCACACUUCAUUCAAAAUUGGAUCAGUUUCUGCCUCAAAAGUCAACUUUCCUAAUUGGCUGAUGUCAUCGAGGCGGCCCACGCUAUUGGCUAAUAUUAACAAUAUUGCCAACAUUUAAUGUUGCCAUGUAAUGCUUAAAGUUACAGUAAUUAUAGCAAAACGUGCAUUUCUGCAAUUCAUUUAGAUCUAACUUCAUACUGGCACAAGACCACCACCCUUCAGAAUCCAGUUUGAUCUCAAUAGAUCAAAUUCUGCUUUGCAAUAUUAUUUUUUUAAGGUCUGAAUGUCAGUAUUUCUUAAAAUAAAACCCUACUCACCGUCAGCCCUCGGAUACAUGGGACUGAGACUGGUGGGGAAGUUUUUGUAACAUCCUAUGAACCUUCACAUCACACCUGAAUAUUUUCCAUCAUCAUCAAAUACUUUCCAUUGGUUUGUAUCUGUGGAUCCCUGUGAAUGUUUGCCCUAAAGGAUCCGACACUGAUUGUAAACAAGCUCCUCCUCCGUGCCUGUCUCACCGACAGUCCCACAAUGCACCGGGGCUAGCGCCCCACAGACACUCACAUAGCAAAUGAAAAUCACAGAAUCUGUCCGUCCAAAUAGAGUAAGAGAACUGUUUUAUAAUUGCUGGAGUGACUUUAUCCAAUGCUGUUAAUUCUUUUCUCUCUGGAAAAUAAUUUAAGAACAACUACCAGCUGUACAGUAAAUCUCUCCUGAGGAAUGUGAUGGAGUUAUUGCAUAUUACAGGUUAACCAGGUGAAUCCAUUAAUCCUCUAUGAGUUAAAUGUUGAAUGUUCAUGGCACUAAUAAAUGAAUGUCACUUUUAAAGCUUGUUAUCU